AUGGUGAACGAGAAUUACAAAGAUAUUGUAAAAAAGUUUAAAGAGGUGAACUUGCGCCUUCUUUGGUCACCGCACAUUGGCAAUAAGCCUAAGCACAUGCCUUGUCUGAAUGCAUGUACAUUCAGUGGCGGAUCUAAGGAGAAAUGUGACUCAAUGCUAUCAUCACUGCCUACGAAGAACAGGAAUAAAUUGUUCUAUGACUGGCUCUUGUACAAUGUUGAUGGGAGAGUUUAUCAAAUGAUCCUGGAUGCUUUCCAGUCUAAUGCAACAUUUGAAAGAAUGGAUUACAUAUCGUUGCUAGUUGUGGCGGGACUGGUCGUCAUCUGUGUCAUCAUCUGUCUGAUUGUCGCCAUCUCCAGAAGGAAGAGAGCUCCACCCGGAAGUCAAAUUGUUGAGAUUCGAAAUGUAGAUGAAAGCGACAACCCGCCAGUCUUACCACAAUUUCAACAACAGCGUCAACAAACAUCGGCGGAAUUAGCAGCCGGAGCAGCGGCGACAGCAUCCGCUUUCGGCGUCGGACUGCGACCACCGAGAACUUUCAACAACCCCCCCCAACCUGCUCUCUCUCAUCAACGCCAACACUAUGGGCGGGGCCAAGUCACGCCAGAGACUCCGCCCCCUACCUAUUCAAUUCUCGAGCGAGAUGUCAGUUUCAGGAGCUACAUCAGUCAGACCAGUAGUCAAUUUGAAGUACCGCCAGAUUACCUGGAAGAGGAAGAAGAUGCUGAUAACUUAGCGGCCAACGACACAACUUUCACUCGAAUUUCUCUCAACGCAACCACCAUUCCAGAAGAUUCCACCGUUGAUUUAAUAAGCAGCUGCGUUGCUCCAGCCGUGACGUCAUCAUCAGCCGGAGCUGCAACUACUGCUGCUGUUAAUUUUAAAGCUAAACCGGCUAAGCAGCUUUUUGGAAAGUCGUUGAAGAGUAAAACUUUGCAGUCUUCUUCGAACAGUAGCUCCGGGUCGAUGUUUAAUAAAAAUAUCGUCGAUAGAGGAAGUAAGAGAGCCUUAUCAAGGACUCACAGAUCCAGAUCAGAUGCUAGUAGUGUUGUCAAGAGUAAAAAGAUAGGAGCUUCUGGAGAUACGAGCAGGAGCGCUUCAACGUCGACGACCGCCAGCCAUAAUAAUAAUAAUAGUAAUAAUAAUAAUAAUAAUAAUAAUAAUAAUAAUAAUAGUAAUAAUAGUAAUAACUCCCUCGAUGAUACUUUGCAGCCACUUUUGUCUAAAUCCUCAUCAACCUAUAAACAUAAUAACAACAAUAAUAAUAAAAAUAAUGAUAAUAAUAAUAAUUUAAAUAUUAAUAAUAAUAAUAAUAAUUUAAAUAUAAUUAAUAGUAAUAAUAAUAAUAAUUUAAAUAUGAUUGAAAAUAAUAAUGGUGAUGAUGAUGGUGAAUGUGCGAAUGUAUUUCGCGAGGGUCGUGAAGAUGUAAUAUUAAAGAGAGCAGCUCAACACCGCGUUGUGUCAUCAUCAUCAACAACAACAUCAACAACAACAUCAACAACAACAUCAACAUCAACAACAACAUCAACAACAACAACAACAGUACCAACAUCACCAACACGAAAUUCAAUGCCGGUAAAAGUUUCAAGUCCAGUUAUUAAGAAGCAAACAUCAAGACAAGCAACUGAUGUUUGAGACUGCCUGUGUAUGUUUGUUUCAGUGUGUGUGAGUGUGUGUGUCUGUGUGUGUGUGGUGUGUGUGCGUGUGAGUGUGUGUGAGUGUAUACAUACAUACAUACAAACAUACUUACAUACAAACAUACAUACAUGCAUGCAUGCAUACAUACAUACAUACAUACAUACAUACAUACAUACAUACAUACAUACAUACAUACAUACAUAUAUAUUAUAUAUGUAUGUUAAUGUUAUGCAUAUAUAUGUACAAUGUAUAAAUAAUUUAGAUAAUUGUCAAAGUGCCUAUAAAAUUGAUUCCUGAUAAUGAACUUACACUCACACACACACACAUACACACACACACACGCAACACAUACGCAAACACACACACAUACAUACACAAAUAUAUACUUCGCUAUUUAAUUACAACCUCAAUCUUUCCAUUCCUAAUUCAUUGCUCAAUCAAUAAAUAUAAACUAUACAAAUUACUUUCAUUUAAAAGUUAUUUAAAACGUCAUUUUCAAGUUUAUUCAAUAUUUUGUAAUGUUUGAUAAAUUAUUUGUAUAUAUAUAUAUUUAUGUGUGUGUGUGUGUGUGUGUGAGUGUGUGUGUGUGUGUGUGUGUGUGUGUGUCAAACGAGUUAAUUCUUCUUUUAAUUUAUUUGAAAUCAACAUUCUCAAAGAAUUUUAUUUUCAAGUUCAUUUUAUGUUUUUAAUGCAUUCGUUUUGAAAAAAAAA